AGUGCAUGUGCGCCUCAGGCUGCGCCACAGCUUAUCGAUAGGACCUGGAAUUUCAUGGCCCCGCAAAACACAGAAAACACAAAAAGCUGCUCUCGCUCUCCCACCCGACGCGAAGUCGAUACCACACGAUGCCGCCUUACGAAAGCGACUCCUCCGACGAGGGCGAGGACUACACUGAGACCAACGUGCUCCUCGGUUACGCAUCAAAGGAAGCGACUGGCGACACCGUCUCCCACCUCGGAGGCCAGCCGACAUGGCUCGACGAGAAGACGGCCCCUUCCGGCGCACUCGCCAAAUGCAAAGUCUGCAACGGCCUCCUCACGCUGCUCCUCGAGCUCAACGGCGACCUGCCCGAGCACUUCGCCGGCCACGAGAGACGGCUGUAUAUUUGGAGCUGUAGGCGGAAGACGUGUCGGAGAAAAGCGGGGAGUGUGAGGGGCAUACGUGGGGUGCGUGUUGCGAAGGGCGCCGCAAGCAAGGCUGGUGCGAAGGCGGAGAAGACGGCGGUUGGGCGGGAGAACAAGACGCAGCCGCAGCCGCAGCUGGGGGAGUCGCUGUUUGGCGUCAAGAGUAGCGGCGGUGCUGCGCCGCCUGCAAAUCCGUUUGCGAACCCGUUUGCGACGAAUUCGAGCGGGAAGGGACCCGCGAAUCCUUUCUCCUCGGCGCCUACCGUUCAGGUCACGUCCAAAGACGACAAAGAUGAAGCAUCUACAAUCCUCCCAGAGACCUUCGCCUCCAAAGUCCGCCUCUCCUCACCACCGCCGUUGGCACAGCCAGCGCGCCCUCACGAACCCUGGCCGGCAGAGUCGGCCUUUCCUCCCGCGUAUCCACACUACCACCUUGACGCCGAAUACGAAACACUCGAUGCGCCGUCUGCUCCUCAGAUACCAGAGAACGCACGCAUGGACGUAGAUGCGGAGGGCAGUGGAGGAGGCGGAAAGGAGGAUAAAGAGGUCUUUGAGAGCUCGCUCGACAAGACAUUCCAAAAGUUUGCGGACAGAGUAGGGCAGAACGCGGAGCAGGUGCUGCGAUACGAGUUCAAGGGCAAGCCGCUGCUCUACAGCGACACCGACAGCGUUGGCAAGCUUCUUGCGGCGUAUUCCGAGCACGGCUCAUCUUCAAACACGAAGCUGACGCCGCAUGCUAUCACUGAGCUGGAGACGGACGAGAUGAGCAUUGAUGGGAUGGAAUGGGGCACCAUCAUCCUGGGCGUGUGCAGUAAAGACUGCGGGCCGAGUGAUGUCGCGGAAGGCGAGGUAGGAUAUGUCGAGGAGUGGGUCGGCGUGCAGUGGGAAGAGGUGGCUUCGAAGCGGUGA